AUGACCGACUUGUUUGAUGCUCCACCUCUGACUCAGACGCAAGGACAGUCAAGCCAGGCACCUGCAGCUCCAGCCCGGAGGCCCCGCCGGCAUCGUUCCCAGGACUACACCGACAUUGGCAGCGCCAAUUUUAAGGCAGCAUUGGUCGUGGUGGGGAUGCAACCUGCACGUGAUGGACAAGCAACAGAUGAUAUGCAGCUGGCGGAGAUAGAGAUUAUGAUAGCUGAACAUAAGAGCCGUGGGAAGGGAAUUGGUCAAGAAGCAAUCUUACUGAUGAUGGCAUUUGCAGUAGAGAAAUAUGGAAUUCACACAUUCAGAGCAAAAAUUAGUGAAUCAAAUACGGCAUCCCUUAAGCUCUUCAGAAAGUUGGGCUUCAAGGAUGCUUCAUACAGUGUGGUGUUUAAAGAGGUGACUCUGGAGGCACCUGCUGAUGCACUCCCGUUGAGAUUUCCUCUAACCAUAGGAGAUUGGUGACAACUGAUGUGGCCCGAGCUAGUGUCAUCUAAUUAUCGAGCAUCUCUGAUUGGUUUUCAUGGAGCGAGGGCAGAAGCUAACUCCGUGCGGCCCGCACGGCACCACAA